CCACUACUAACCACAGCAGCAAAGGGUGGUUCCUCUUUGGGAACAAUUUUGCUGGCUCCAGGGCUUCAGCCACCUAUAAAGCUUAGGAAUGGAAAGUAAUGAACCCCUCAAGGAGGAGGGGUUGUUGGGGAGCGCUGAAGAAGGAGCAGCUUUUGACCAAACUGUGUUCGCAGCGAUGGAGACCUUCAAAAUUGAUGAUUUGAAGCCCAGGAAGAAAAAUUGGGUGAACUGCAUCGUGGCUGUAGUGAUCAUCUACCUGAUUCUGCUCACAGCAGGUGCUGUGCUGCUAGAGUUCCAAGUCUUGAAACUGCAGGAGCAGCUCCAGACCAUGGAGGCACGUGACUACUUCCCCAAUGGGACGCUUGCUGCUGAGGACAACCCAUCCUUCUCCUUGCUGCGGUCGGCAAUGGAGCUGAGAGACCUACAGACCCAGCUCUCUAAAGUCCGAGUCAGCCAGGAACGUCUGUUCCACCAGGUGGACAACUUCACUCGGAAUGCAGAGUUGCACAGGAUCAAAGGUGAACGAGGUGCCCCAGGUCCAAAAGGGGCCCCAGGUGUGCCUGGACACCCUGGUGAGAAGGGAGCCAAGGGGGCCAUGGGACUGGAUGGAAGCCCAGGUCUCCUGGGACCCCAAGGCCCAGCAGGCAUGAAGGGAAACCCGGGCCUCCAAGGACCCAAGGGCAUGCCAGGAGAGCAAGGAGCUGCUGGCACACCAGGACCCCAAGGGGAGAAAGGCAGCAAAGGUGAUGGAGGUCCCAUUGGCCCCAAAGGGGAAGCUGGUGCCAAAGGAGAUAAAGGGGACCUGGGCCACCCAGGGAGCAAAGGGGACAUGGGCAUGAGGGGAGACAUGGGGGCCACAGGGCCCCCUGGACCCCAAGGGAACAAAGGUGACUCAGGGAAGCCAGGUCCACCAGGUAUGGCUGGAUUUCCUGGAGCCAAAGGCAAUCAAGGACAACCUGGAGUGCCAGGUGUUCCAGGGCCUCCCGGGCCAGCGGGCCCUCUGGGAGCCAGGGGUGAACGUGGCAUCCCUGGCACGGUUGGGUUAACAGGGGCACCAGGAAAUCCUGGAAGUCCAGGACGCGAAGGCAUGAAAGGAAGCAAGGGUGACACAGGAAUUCAAGGACAGAAGGGAACAAAAGGAGAAUCAGGAGUCCCAGGAUCUGCAGGACCAAAGGGAGAAAAGGGAACCCUCGGGCCGGUAGGCCUCAGAGGAGCACCUGGAGUAGUUGGCCCGAAGGGAGACCCAGGAGUGAAAGGAUCUUCUGGGCAGAAAGGAGAAAAAGGAGAAAAAGGUGAAAAAGGCUCAUAUUCCUCAUCCGUCAGGAUUAUUGGCAGUAGUAGUAGAGGCCGGGCUGAGGUAUACUAUGCUGAGGUCUGGGGAACAAUUUGCGACGAUGGCUGGGAUAACUCCGACGCCACCGUUUUCUGCCGCAUGCUGGGUUUCAGCAGGGGAAAAGCCCUUGGCAACUAUGGAGGCGGCACUGGGAAGAUCUGGCUGGACGAUGUCGCCUGUCAGGGAUCGGAGUCUUCCCUGUGGAGCUGCAACAAGAGUUCCUGGGGCUCUCACAACUGUGGCCACAGCGAGGAUGCAGGCGUGGAGUGCAGCUAAUCUUGAAGUCCUGAAGUCACUGCUCUGUCCCCAUGAUGGCCUUCGGCUCACACACACGUGGGAAGAAAAGGACUGUGUGAGGGAUCCCUGGAACUGGCUGAGCAGGCUCUGGAGAGGGUCAUUAAUGAAAAUCAAAGUGCAGCCUGGCAACAGCCUGGGCUGUGGCUGAAUGUCACUGAGCUGGUGACUCCCACCCUUUAUCCAUGUCCGCACUCAGUGGUGUACUUGUUCACUGAAUUCUCCCUCACCCAUGCACUCUGUCUGGCCAACCUCAGCCCAUAGGCCAGGGGACAGUGGGGUGGGGGCAGAGGAAAUGAUGGGGAAAAGUGAAGGUCACCUGUGGUCAGAGUUAGCCUUGACCUUGCCUUCAGUCGUUCGGCAUCUCCCAGAGCCAGCUCCCCGGGCUGGGCAGCAAAUGAAGAGGCUGGCUUCCAGGUGGCACCAGGUCACAGGAUAAAUGGAAUUGUACCUUUCAGCCUGGAGAUUAGUUCUCAGGAGUAGGAUGUGAGCCCCAUAAUUGCUAGGAUUUUUGUCUGCUUUAUCCACCCUAGGAGUGUCUCAGGCAUGUUUAUUGAAUAAAUGAUGGAAUUAAACCAAGUAGGUGAGACAUGCA